CAGUAGCGUAGGUUAUUAAGUGGGAGAAAGUGGGGUAUAUUACAACUUACUUUUAUAUUUCCUUUCCUGGAGGAUAUUUAGCACCACAGAAGCAGAGAAAAUUAUUGAAAGUAUCAUGCCACAUAAAUGGGAGAAUGAUAGAAAAAAGAGCAGCAGCUCUCUGAAGAUGGAUCAAAAGAACAGUACUGGGAACAGGAAGUCAAGAAAGUUUCGCUCCAUUUCAAGAUCGCUUAUACUCUGCAAUGCCAAAACCAGUGAUGAUGGGUCAAGUCCCGACGAGAAAUGCCCUGAUCCCUUUGAGAUCUCUACCAGCUGGGGUCAAGAGGAUUUUGACUGCUGUCCCAGAACACAGAUGCCAUGCACAUCAGAGGCAGAGGACAGCCCACCUGAUCCUCCACGUGUGGUCACCAGCAUUCUCCAGUCCAAAGCUGCAGCAAAUGAGAACUGCAACAACACGAGAAGAAAGUUCCUCACCAAGGACAGCUGCAUCUGCAGGCUGUGUUCAACGCCAGGGAAUAGCAGCUCAGGAAUCAAGCUCUCUAGGAGUCCAAGAUGUGCAUCUUUCUGGAAAGGGUUAACAGGCAGCCACGUUCCUGCUGAAGGCCCAGCAAACAGGGAUGGUUGCCUGAGCCCAAGGGAUGAACUGUUAACACUAAAUGUACAAUCACUGAAAGACAUGUCCAGAAAGGAGGCUGAGUCUCUCAUUCCCCCAACAACACGGCUGGUGAACAUCAUGAUGGCUCACAAAGAAACACUAACACAAAAGGAAAGGCCUUUGGAAACACAGAAUGGUUUUCUGCACGGUAAGGCUGCAUGUCAGCGGACUCGCAGUAACUCCACCAGUGUGAGCCCGUUCUGGGCCGGGGAUGGGGAGGCCGCAGCGCCCCUCAGGGACCGACAGCCCCUCAGGGACCGACAGCCCCACACCCUCCAGGCCAGCCGAAAGUCACUGUCCCAGCAGCUGGACUGCCCAGCAGGGAGAGCCCCGGCAAUUUCAAGGCCAUCUAGAUCCCUAAGUACAGCACAACUAGUGCACACAUCCUGUGGCUCACAGGCUUCAGUAAUCUCAAACAUUGUAUUGAUGAAAGGACAAGGGAAGGGUUUGGGCUUCAGUAUCGUUGGUGGUAAAGACAGCAUUUAUGGACCAAUAGGGAUCUACGUAAAAACCAUCUUUCCUGGUGGAGCUGCUGCUGCUGAUGGAAGGCUACAAGAAGGUGAUGAAAUCCUGGAAUUGAAUGGAGAAUCCAUGCAUGGAUUAACACAUUAUGAUGCUUUACAGAAGUUCAAGGCUAAAAAGGGUCUUCUGACACUUACAGUCAGGACAAGCUUCAGCACACCUCAUUCUGCUUCCAGCUGUCAGUCACCCCUCUUGUGUCAGUCACUGGGCUCCAGCACAUGCAUAACCAAGGAAAACAGCUCUUUCAGCUCAGAAAAUGCAGCAUUCUCAUUAAAUCCUACAAAGCCCAAUGACAGGGUCAUAAUGGAAGUUACCCUAAACAAAGAGCCAGGUGUUGGCCUUGGAAUUGGGUUAUGCAGCAUCCCUUACUUCCAGUGUAUUUCAGGGAUCUUUAUUCACACCCUCUCACCAGGCUCAGUGGCACAUAUGGAUGGGAGACUCAGGUGCGGAGAUGAAAUUCUUGAAAUUAACGAAACUUCAGUACAAAAUACAACCCUUAAUGAAGUUUAUGCUGUGCUAAGCCACUGUGAUCCUGGUGCAGUACAAAUCAUUAUUAGCAGACACCCUGAACCACAGGUGUCUGAGCAACAGCUAAAAGAAGCUGUUGCACAAGCUGUGGAAAGCAACAGAUUUGGAAAGGAGAGACACCAAUGGAGUACUGAAGGUGUUAAGAGGCUGGACACAAGCUGGCACGGGAGGCACCCCUGUGAGAAGCACAUGGACAGGAGCGCGGGUUACUGCAGCCGCAGGGCAGAGCGGCUCAUGACCCGCUCCAGCAGCGACAGCAGCUACAACCCCCGGGCCUCAUGUGCCACUGCUGCUGUGCACCAGCUCACGGACUUGAAAGCGAGAGUACACAGUGUAGAUGUACCAAUCACACGGCAGCCUGGGCUGCUGUACUCAUUCUCUGCCAAUAAUUCAGGGAGAAAUUCCCCUCCAACCUGUAGCGAAAGCAGUCGAGCCUUGCAAAGUACUAAGAAGUCAUCAGAGAUCCUCGUUAGAAAACCUAAGUCAUCGAAGCCCAAACCUCCACCAAGGAAAUACUUCAAGCAGGACUGCACGUGUGAUGACCAGGGUAAUGCAGACAAAAAAGAAAAGCUUGUAUCACAAGUGGCUGCAUCACCUUCUGCAAGGGUUCAGCAGGAAGUUGGAGAACCAGUGCUAGAGGAACAUCAAACUGAUGUAACUCACGGUGUCUUCACCACUUCUCCUACAGCAUAUGAUAAGGAACCCUCAACUGCUGCUCCAGUGGGCAGAGAUCACGAAAGAAAAGAAAAAUUAGGGACUCCACUUUCAGCAGUACAAAGACCUGUACUUAAAAGACAAGCACGGGUAGAUUAUAGUCUUGAUACAACAGAAGACCCCUGGGUUAAAAUUUCUGACUGCAUAAAAAGCUUAUUUAAUCCUACCAUGAGUGAAAACAACGUCCACUUGGAUUUACAACCUGGCAAAGACAAAAAAAAAGAGAAUCAAAAUCGAAGCAGCACAGAGACAGUUCUGAAGAAAUCAGAAUCAGAAUUAGCUGGUUCCAAAGUUCUAAAAUCAGAUGAAAAUGACACUGUGAAAAAGGGUCCUCCUGUUGCACCUAAGCCCACCUGGUUCCGCCAAAGUCUGAAAGGACUGAGGAAAGCAAAUUCAGAUCUAAAACCACAGGCAGAUCAAAGUCCUCCCAACCAUGACAGUAUUUCCAGCAAAAAACUGCCAUCCAACUUAUCGCGUGUGUCUCCUGGGGGAUCAUCAAUAAAACAAAGAAUAAGCUCAUUUGAAUCCUUGAAUGCUCCACAGUCACCUGAAAAAGCCCCCCGAAGGUUGAGCCUAAAACCAUCGGUGCAGAAAGAACCUUCUCCCACUGCAGCAGGGGCAGAGGCAGCUCCAGUGUGUUCAAAUCAACCCUUCCUCCACCAUUGUGAAAACAGCCACCAACAGCCACCUGUGCCUGUGGCUACAAAGAGCCUGGAUAGAGCUUCCUCUCGCAGGGAGGGUAUUGCAGCCAGCUCAGAGAAAAGCAGCAAUGCCAGCACUGAAAAUUCAUCAAGCCUCUUAACUCCAGGAGCCACUGCAAACUCCCAUCUUGUGUCGGUAGCAAAAGCACACAGCCUAAGGUCACGAAGCUUCCCUCUUUCUGCAGCCCAGGCUUGUGAGAUAAUGAAGCCGUGUGAUGAGAAGUGUAACAAAAUCUAUUCCAUCAGCAGCCAGGUGUCAUCUGCUUUAAUGAAAUCAUUGCUUUGCCUUCCUCAGUCCCAAGCCUCUUCUGGAAACAGUGCAUGGGAAACUCUGGACACAGUGUCUCAGUCCUCCAUGGAGGAGGAUGGGGCUUCCAUCUCACCUGCAAGUGAGAAUCAUCACCUGGACACUGGGUUUUCCCUAAACCUCUCAGAGCUGAGAGAAUACACAGUGAGCCUUGCAGACAAAGGGAAGGAGGAAGACAAACAGCAACAGGGCUCACCUCAAGCAUCCGGUGUGUCAGGGCAGUCAGUCAUCUCUCUGCUUUCCCCUGAGGAGCUGGCAAAGCUUAUAGAGGAAGUCAAAGCUCUAGAUGAAGAAACCUUAAAGGAAUUUGAUGACAUUCAUGUUACAGUUUUGCAUAAAGAAGAAGAUACUGGGCUUGGAUUCAGCCUGGCAGGAGGCAUUGAUCUAGAAAACAAAGUGGUAACAGUUCACAAAGUAUUUCCCAAUGGACUGGCCUGUCAGGAAGGAACUAUUCAGAAAGGAGAUGAAGUACUCUCCAUUAAUGGGAAGUCUCUGAAAGGUGCAACUCACAGUGAUGCCUCAGCAAUCAUGCGACAGGCCCGGCAACCCAGACAAGCUGUGGUUGUCACCAGAAAAUCCAAAGAUGGAGAAAAAAAUCUCAAUGUUUCAAUCAGUUCUAGUACAUCAUCAGUAGCAAGCAAUGCCUCACAAGAGUCUGCCACUGGAGAUACAAUCUGCACUGUAACUCUAGAAAAAACAUCUGCAGGUUUAGGAUUCAGUCUGGAAGGAGGCAAAGGCUCUAUUCAGGGAGAUAAACCCAUCAUGAUCAACAGGAUAUUUAAAGGGACUGCACUGGAACAGAGCAGCCCUGUUCAGCCUGGUGAUGAGCUCCUACAAGUGCACACAAGUGCCAUGCAAGGACUCACUCGUUUCGAGGCAUGGAAUGUAAUCAAGGCAUUACCUGAUGGGCCCAUCACAGCCAUCAUCAAGAGGAAGAAUCGUAGCUCUGUUACCAGCAAGUCAUCUGAAACUUUGUAAGAGGAGGGAUUAGACUACUGCCAAUAUUCAAACAAAGGAUUUUAUUACUUGCAGACACUUGGCUGGUACAGUAAUAUACUCAGAAAGUACCCAUGAGGAGUACACUGGAACUUACUGCCAGUUACAGAGAAAACUGUCUGGGAUUAACUAAAAAUAUUCUUAUUUCAGUCUUCUGAAACAGAUGUUACAAAGCAUAUAAUUAUAAAAUAAUGACUUUGUUAAUACUAUACUGGUUGUAAUAAAAUACAUGACAGCUAUAGUACUCUCCUAUUUAAAGUUAUUAACUUAACAAGUAUCAGAAGCAGAUCCUGUGCUAAAUUUUCAGUGCUACUCUCCAAGUCCUGUUCUCUCCCUUAUCUUCCCAGCAACAAGAAACGUGUCUACGAGCCUAUAACUAAACAUUGCCUUUAGAGAAUGGGUAGGGCAGAGAAAGGGGCUGCAGUUUUGUGUGUCAAAACAUUCCCUAGAAAAUUCCAGCUUUCCUGUUAAAAACACAGAACACUCAGGAAAGCCAAAACCUGUAAAAGUUACUUUCUACUGGCAGCUGACAGAGCCAUCUCAACUGCAGCAGGCAAACACAGGGUGGAAGAGAGUUCUCAUGGUACUGCAACGGGAAGGCAGGAAGCUGAGGGUAACGUAGUGGAACUUUUCCUAACCCUUCUCUGGCCAGAGGUCUCAAGAGGACUACAGCAAGAGAAUAACAAGGCUGCUCAGAACAAAAAUCUUACCUUCUAACAACACUUUUUGUUUCAAACAUCUGUGUUAACUUUGCCAGGCAAAGUACCAGCAGGACUAAUUGUGCAUCUAAGUACUUCUGAACUGUUUAUUCUGGAAAGGCUAAAUAAGUUGGAGACAAAUCUAUGCUUCAAACACUGCCUCCUAUAUGCACUGUAUGGAAUUCUACCAGCAGCACAAGCAACUGUGGCAAAAUGAUCUCAUAUACCCACUUGGUCUUUGACCUGCUUCAUUAAAGAGAGAGAUGCAAGGGCAGGAUGGCUCUCUAGCUGAGAGCCAGAUGGCUGGCCUGGUUAUUGUCCUUGGCUCUUCACCUUCCCAGAGAUGGGAAUUUUCUGUCCCUCCUUCAGUUACCUAAUUUCACCAGGAAGAAAUGAAGGAGCUCAGGAGCUGUUUUCCAUACAUCCAACACAAUGCCUCAAAAACAGCAAUUAAGAGAAAAGGAAGGAUAAUAGGCAGGAGAAGAUAUUAAUUAAAUCCAGGCAUUGAACUUGCUGUGGCCUUUUCUUGCAAGAAAACUGUAAAUUAAUCCUUGAAAGAACAUUCUUGACAAGCCAUCUGUCCCCGCACUUCCUCAGCUGAGCUCUCUUUCCCAAAAAAUAACCUCUAUCUCAAAACAAAAAUUUUAUUAGUUGGGUAUCAAUAAGAGAAAUAUGUGAGAAAAUCUUCCUAUACUUUUUUGAACUGGUACCUACAUAAAAAACUUUGCCAAAACAUUUCCAACUCAAAUUUGGCAGGGCAGAAGGCUGAAUGUAGGCUCUUAAUUCCUGGCUAGAAGGUGUUGUGCACUCAGAAAAGGUGAUCUUAAGUUAUUCCAGUGAAGUGUCUUAUCACCUUCAUUGCUCAAAGCAAUAAAAAAAAUUAUGAAUAGCUAAUAAGAAGACACAUUAUCUCCAAAAAUAAUUUGCAUUAUUUGCAGAAAUAAUGAGUGGCAACCUCAGCUGUGCUUCUUGAACUUUCUGCUAAUUAAAUUCAUGAUAAUACUGACAGGACUUGCCAAGAUAUUAGAAUGCAUGCCUAACAACCUCAGUACAUUUACAAAAAUAUGUAUAAGCCUCCGUAGUAUCAAGGCCCGCAUCUCUUCUCAGUGAACUUGUUAUUCUUCCUAAGUAUAGACAGCAGCAACUGGAAGUAAAUACCAAACAAGGGCAAAAAACCUUGAGGGUGAGUGUUCUCACCAAAACACCUCUUCCUUAGGCAGUGGACAUCAUCAGGGAAGGCUUUUUCCCUCUCUUUGCUUUAAAUUCAGAGAAAUGCUGGAGCUCUAAGCAGCUCUUUGUCUUCCCUGAUGGCGGAACAGGUGUACGAGGAACCAUUUCAAAGGAUGAUUCAGGAAAAACAGUAAGAUAUAGCACACAAAAUAUUUAUUUCACCACACUCACACAAGUUUUUACAUCUUUGUAUACAAAGGAGACUGGACUAAAAACUGUUCCCUUGAAAAACUGGUCCAUAGGAUGAGGUUUACAGUGGGAAAUUUAUUGUGCAAGUCCAUGCCCUAUACCAAAGAUAAAAAAAUACAGGGACAGAAAGCAGAGCAUAUUAACCUUGUUAAAUAAUCGAGUCACCACAGUAAAAGCACAACCUUAAUUUAACUUCCUCACUCAAAAACUAUUUUUACUUUUGUAAUCAUAUGCAAUCCAUAGUAAUGGUAACAUUCCUGCAGCAACCAGCACCAUAGAUAUCUCUUCAAAUGGACACACCUUGGCACACAGUCAGGUGCUGAUUUCCCAAUGUAAUGUUGGGAGGCAAACCAGUCUAAGAAAAAAGCAACCUCCUUAUGGCCUGUCAA